AAAGGAAAACCCCCUUUUUACGAAAUUUAACAGAUUUCUGACUUGUAUUUUGUGUGGGACACAACAAACGGGAUCGAACUCGAACAGGAAGGAGUCCAACUCACCCACCUCGAAAGCUCUGCGUGAGUGAAUGUAAGUAAAGGUGUGUGCUUUGCGUGAACGUCAAAGCGUCUAUAUAUGUAUAGGUAGCAGGAAAGAAAAGGCGGUGAGUUGAGUGGGUGAUUAUGGACGGCCACGCCAGCUCUGUUGACUCUGAGUCGACUCUCUCUGAAGUUGUUCUUCAUUCCAACUUUCCUACUACCAAUCUUCGCUCCGUUCGUAAUCGUCCUGUCACCAUCAGAACUGCCGAGGAAAAGGAGAAGAGUAAAUGGGAAACUUUGGUGCUUGCUUACAAGACGCUGGGAGUGGUAUUUGGGGGACUAGUCACAUCUCCUCUCUAUGUUUACCCGUCAAUGCCGCUCAAAUCUCCUACAGAAGAGGAUUAUUUGGGAAUUUACAGCAUCAUAUUUUGGACUCUUACUCUUAUUGGAGUUGUCAAGUAUGCUGGCAUAGCUCUCAGGGCUGAUGAUCACGGUGAAGGUGGAACUUUUGCUCUUUAUUCACUGCUUUGUAGGAAUCUGAAUAUUGGGAUUCUUUCUUCUAAACGGUUUCAUUCAGACCCAAUUUCACACUCUCUCUCCCAUGACGACGCUGAAAGGAAAACUAGGCUUGCCAAAUUUUUUGAAAAAAGUAUAGUUGCUAGACGGAUUCUGCUUUUCAUUGCUAUGCUCGGCACAUGCAUGCUAAUCGGUGAUGGUAUUCUUACACCGGCAAUUUCAGGUUUCUUGUCUUUUGCUUUUCUGUAUCUGUUCUCAGUGCAAUGCUUGUUCACAAUGCUUUUAACUCUUUUAAGUAUUUUGACAUUUGCGAUUACUACAGAACUUUUUGAAAAUGGUUUUGGAAGAAUUGCUUUGGUGGAUGCUCUUUCUGCAGUAGUUCUAGUUGUUCUAUUUCUGCUGCAGAAAUUUGGGACCUCUCGAGUGAGCUUUCUUUUUUCACCAAUUAUGGGUGCAUGGACUCUGAGUACACCAUUGGUAGCAAUAUAUAGCAUUAUACAUCAUUACCCCACUAUAUUCAAGGCUCUAUCUCCUCACUAUAUCAUCCAAUUUUUCUGGAGAAAAGGGAAGGAAGGCUGGUUGUUACUUGGUGGCACUGUCCUUUGUAUAACAGGUUCUGAAGCAUUGUUCGCAGAUCUCGGUCAUUUUAAUAGGAGUUCCAUUCAGAUAGCUUUCUUGUUUACAAUAUAUCCAUCACUUGUUCUCACAUACGCGGGACAAACAGCAUACUUAAUCAGGAACCCCAAUGAUCACGAAGAUGGAUUCUACAAGUUCAUACCAGGAAAAAUUUACUGGCCUAUCUUUGUUAUUGCAACGUUAGCUGCAAUUGUUGCAAGCCAAUCUCUGAUCUCGGCUACCUUUUCUGUUAUUAAGCAAUCUGUUGUUUUGGACUAUUUCCCUCGAGUCAAAGUGGUGCACACAUCACGUAACAAAGAAGGCGAGGUCUAAUCCCCAGAAAUCAACUAUAUCCUUAUGCUCCUAUGUGUUGCUGUCAUUCUUAUUUUUGGUGAUGGGAAAGACAUUGGAAAUGCUUUUGGGGUUGUUGUUAGUUUAGUGAUGCUUAUCACUACUCUGUUAUUGACUUUAGUCAUGAUCAUGAUAUGGAGAGCUCCUUUUGUGCUGGUCACCCUUUACUUCAUUGUAUUUUUUACAAUGGAAGGCAUUUACGUAAGUGCUGUUUUCACCAAAAUUCCUGAGGGCGGAUGGAUUCCUUUUGCCAUAUCCUUUAUCCUUGCCUUCAUUAUGUUUGGCUGGUUCUAUGGAAGGCAGAGAAAGAUGGAAUAUGAUUUGACUCACAGAAUAGAUUUGCAGAGACUUGAAAUGCUAUUAGCCAAUCCGAGUAUCCAAAGGGUACCUGGAUUGUGCUUCUUUUACACCAAUAUCCAAGAUGGACUCUCUCCUAUUCUUGGACAUUAUAUUAGAAGUAUGAAGUCUCUACACAAUGUCACUAUUUUUAUUACACUGCGGUAUUUGCUGGUUCCGAAGGUUGCACCACAUGAAAAGGUUGUCAUAAAAAAAUUGGGCCUCCAAGGAAUUUAUGGGUGUAUAAUUCAGUAUGGUUACGCAGAUUCCUUGAAUCUCGAAGGAGAAGAGUUUGUAAAUCAAGUAACUGAGAGCUUGUGGAUGCAUAUACAUAAUAGCUCAUGCUGUCUGCCAUCUGAUCCUGUGAUGAUCCAAAAUGAAAUUUCUGACUUGGAGACAGCCAGGGCGGCUGGUGUUAUCCACGUUCGAGGAAAGACAAGGUUUCAUGUAGGCAAGAACUGCAGCCGGUUUGAUCGAGCCAUGCUUGCCUUUUAUGAAGUUAUGCACAGUAACUGUAGGUCUGCCCUCCCUGCUCUUGGGGUUCUGCCAUCGCAUCGAAUUGAGGUUGGAAUGCUUUACGAGGUCUGAAUGGUGAUAUCGUUAGAAGCUUAUCCAGGGUGUGGGACUUGUAUACAUACAAAGAAUAGAAUCAAAAUCAGGAUUUUGUUCACAUGCUAGGAACUAAAAUCAGCUUUAGAAUCACAUAAAUUAUGAUGUAUUGUAAAGUUUUACUCAUUACAUGAAAUAGAUAAUGAUUAAACCAAGAAUUAAUAAGUUUUCUGAAAUAAUGAAAGAGUUCUGGUUGGCUA